ACUUCAUUCGUCAAAACUUUCAUUUUUCAACUCUGCAGUACUCCUCCGAACCCCGACAGCGAAAAAGCUACGCUAGGGUUUCGCUCGCACUUUGAAACGACACCGUUCAAUCGGACGCAGAGAAUUCCAGCGGACCUAGACCUAGGGUUUCCAAUCCCAAUCCUCCGCCGUAAAUCAUGGAGGAGGAGCACGAGUACGACGAUCAGCAGUACAUGGACGACGACGAUGAAGAUGAAAUCACGCAGGAGGACGCGUGGGCCGUCAUCUCCGCCUACUUCGAGGAGAAGGGCUUGGUGCGCCAGCAGCUCGACUCGUUCGACGAAUUCAUUCAGAACACAAUGCAGGAGAUUGUCGACGAGUCGGCCGAUAUCGAGAUUCGGCCCGAGUCGCAGCACAACCCGGGGCACCAGCCCGAUUUCGCCGAGACUGUAUGCAAGAUUAGCUUUGGUCAGAUUUAUUUGAGUAAGCCCAUGAUGACCGAAUCCGAUGGAGAAACUGCAACCUUAUUUCCCAAAGCUGCAAGACUUAGAAAUCUGACGUACUCAGCACCCUUGUAUGUUGAUGUCUCAAAGAGGAUGAUAAAGAAAGGACACGAUGGCGAAGAACUCACUGAGACCCAGGAUUUCACCAAAGUAUUCAUUGGGAAGGUUCCUAUAAUGCUUCGGUCUAGUUAUUGCACGCUGUACCAGAAUUCGGAGAAAGAUUUAACUGAGCUGGGAGAGUGUCCAUAUGAUCAAGGUGGAUAUUUUAUUAUAAAUGGGAGUGAAAAGGUUCUUAUUGCUCAAGAGAAGAUGAGCACCAAUCACGUCUAUGUGUUCAAGAAGAGGCAGCCUAACAAGUAUGCCUAUGUGGCUGAAGUUCGGUCUAUGGCGGAGUCUCAAAACAGGCCACCCAGUACCAUGUUUGUUCGGAUGCUUGCUCGGACUAGUUCUAAAGGGGGUUCUUCGGGACAGUACAUCAAAGCUACCCUUCCAUAUAUUAAAGGUGAAAUUCCUAUUAUUAUUGUGUUCCGGGCUCUCGGGUUUGUUGCGGAUAAAGAUAUCCUAGAGCACAUAUGUUAUGACUUCUCUGAUACUCAAAUGAUGGAGCUGCUUAGACCUUCUCUGGAAGAAGCAUUUGUGAUUCAGAAUCAACAGGUUGCAUUAGAUUAUAUUGGAAAGAGAGGUGCAAAUGUUGGUGUAAGUAGAGACAAGAGAAUCAAGUAUGCGAAAGAGAUUCUGCAAAAGGAAAUGCUUCCACACGUUGGUGUUGGAGAAUUUUGUGAGACAAAGAAAGCUUACUAUUUUGGAUAUAUCGUCCACAGGCUUCUACUAUGUGCACUAGGACGGAGGCCAGAAGAUGACAGGGAUCAUUAUGGCAACAAGAGGCUUGAUCUUGCUGGUCCCUUACUCGGAGGCUUAUUUCGAAAUCUAUUCAGGAAGUUGACCAAGGAUGUGAGAGCUUAUGCACAGAAGUGUGUUGACAAUGGAAAGGAUCUUAAUCUGCAAUUUGCCAUCAAAGCUAAAACCAUUACGAGUGGCCUCAAAUAUUCACUUGCCACUGGAAACUGGGGGCAAGCAAAUGCAGCUGGUACAAGGGCUGGAGUGUCGCAGGUGUUAAAUCGUUUGACAUACGCAUCCACUCUCUCACACUUGAGAAGACUGAAUUCUCCAAUAGGGCGUGAAGGGAAAUUGGCUAAACCGCGUCAGCUGCAUAAUUCGCAAUGGGGAAUGAUGUGCCCAGCUGAGACACCUGAAGGGCAAGCGUGCGGGCUUGUAAAGAAUCUUGCAUUGAUGGUAUACAUAACCGUAGGAUCAGCUGCAUAUCCAAUCUUGGAAUUUUUGGAAGAAUGGGGUACAGAAAACUUUGAGGAAAUUUCUCCUGCGGUUAUACCCCAAGCUACAAAAAUUUUUGUUAACGGCUGUUGGGUUGGAAUCCAUCGUGAUCCUGAAAUGUUGGUGAGGACAUUGAGAAAGCUAAGGCGACGGGUUGAUGUCAACACUGAAGUUGGGGUUGUGAGAGAUAUCCGUCUGAAAGAAUUGCGGAUAUAUACUGACUAUGGACGUUGCAGUCGUCCAUUAUUCAUUGUGGACAAACAGAGGCUUCUCAUAAAGAAGAGAGAUAUUCAUGCAUUGCAGCAGAGGGAAAGCCCUGAAGAUGCUGGUUGGCAUGACCUUGUAGCAAAGGGAUAUAUUGAAUAUAUUGACACUGAAGAAGAGGAGACGACAAUGAUUUCCAUGACAAUUAAUGAUCUUGUCCAAGCAAGACUCAAUCCGGAGGAGGCAUAUUCGGACACUUAUACUCAUUGUGAAAUCCACCCAUCACUUAUUUUGGGUGUUUGUGCUUCUAUUAUACCGUUUCCCGAUCAUAAUCAGUCUCCACGUAAUACAUAUCAAUCUGCUAUGGGAAAGCAAGCUAUGGGGAUUUAUGUCACCAAUUAUCAGUUCCGAAUGGAUACAUUGGCAUAUGUUUUAUACUACCCUCAGAAACCUCUUGUCACCACAAGAGCCAUGGAGCAUCUCCACUUCAGGCAGCUUCCUGCUGGCAUCAACGCUAUUGUUGCCAUCUCCUGUUAUUCUGGUUAUAACCAGGAAGAUUCUGUCAUUAUGAAUCAAUCCUCUGUGGACCGUGGAUUCUUCCGGUCACUAUUCUUCCGAUCUUAUAGGGACGAGGAGAAAAAGAUGGGGACCCUUGUCAAAGAGGAUUUUGGGCGUCCUGACAGAGCAAAUACCAUGGGUAUGCGACAUGGUUCUUAUGACAAAUUGGAUGAUGAUGGUCUUGCUCCUCCUGGAACUAGGGUUUCUGGUGAGGAUGUCAUCAUAGGAAAGACUACACCCAUGGCUCAGGAUGAGGCUCCAGGGCAAACUACAUCACGUUAUACACGGCGUGACCACAGCAUAAGUUUGCGCCACAGUGAAACCGGCAUAGUUGAUCAGGUUCUACUGACGACCAAUGCUGAUGGGUUGCGGUUUGUUAAAGUACGGGUGAGGUCUGUCAGAAUACCUCAGAUUGGUGAUAAAUUUAGUAGCAGGCAUGGACAGAAGGGGACGGUGGGUAUGACUUAUACCCAGGAAGACAUGCCAUGGACUGUGGAAGGGGUGACCCCCGAUAUAAUCGUGAACCCGCAUGCUAUUCCUUCUCGGAUGACAAUUGGUCAGCUCAUUGAGUGUAUUAUGGGGAAGGUUGCAGCUCAUAUGGGAAAGGAAGGAGAUGCUACACCUUUUACAGAUGUCACGGUGGACAAUAUCAGUAAAGCUCUUCACAGUUGUGGGUAUCAAAUGCGUGGAUUCGAGACCAUGUAUAACGGUCACACGGGCAGGCGGCUCAGCGCUAUGAUAUUCCUUGGCCCCACAUACUACCAGAGACUGAAGCAUAUGGUCGACGAUAAGAUCCAUUCACGUGGACGGGGUCCAGUGCAGAUCCUCACAAGGCAGCCAGCUGAGGGACGAUCUCGUGAUGGUGGUCUACGCUUCGGGGAAAUGGAACGAGAUUGCAUGAUUGCCCAUGGUGCUGCUCACUUUCUGAAAGAAAGAUUGUUUGACCAGAGUGAUGCAUAUAGGGUUCAUGUCUGUGAACGUUGUGGGUUAAUAGCUAUUGCAAAUCUCAAGAAGAAUUCGUUUGAGUGCAGGGGUUGCAAGAACAAAACCGACAUUGUUCAGGUUUACAUUCCUUAUGCCUGCAAGCUGCUGUUCCAAGAGCUAAUGUCGAUGGCCAUAGCGCCAAGAAUGCUCACAAAGGACAUCAAGCCUGCCAAAAACCAAAAGAAGAAAGGAGCCUGAUAUAGUUGAUUGCUGAAACACAACAUGUUCUUUGUUUUCUGAGUUCUCGUCUAAACAAGCACGAAGUUAAUAGGCUUUACCGCGAUAACAAUAGAUACACGCCCGGAGUUUCAAGAGGUUGAAGGCGAAUCAGAAGGUUCAUCGGUUCCUGUUGGGCAGGUUUGGAACAAGAUAAUCAGAAUUAGUAGAUGCAUUUUCAUCGGAGUCGAAUGUCUGUGUUUUUGGAAUCGGUUCAAACCAUAUUGUGAUGAAAGUUUUGUUUUCGUCUCGUUUUAAGCUGGAGAGCUGGAACUAAUUGUAUUUUCCUGUAGUUAAGCUAUCAUUAAGUAAAUACAUGUAUGACAUCAUCCUUAAAUAUAUCUGAGUUCAUUGAUA